AUGAGUGCGAACACUGGGACGACUGCGACGACGACGACGACGACGCAUUUUGAGGAGGAGUGUCAUCAAAAUCGGUGGUAUUGGAGCUUCGACGAGGAGCGACUCGCGAACGCGAGGCGUCGUCGAUGGAACGAUUUUUGUGGAACGAUGAUGAAAGAAGAGAACAACAAGAGCAACUGUUACGAAACGCAAUUCGUGGCGUUUACGAUGAGCGGGAAACCAGUUUGGAGUCGAUUCGGGGAUGUUAUGAAACUUUCGUCGCUGGUAGGCGCGCUGAGCGCGAUUUGCGCGGUCGCAGAAGAAGAAGAAGAGGGAGAAGAAGAGGGAGAGGUGGAUGACGACGGCGAAGAAACAGUUAGUAGAGAGGGCGAAGACGCAGCGAAGAAGAAGAAGAAAGACAACAAUCGGAGAGUGGGGCAGUUACACUACGUGGAAAAGAGAUGUUCGUCGUCGUUUAGUGGAGCGGAGACAACCGCCAAGCUCGUCGUCGUUCGAUUGGCGGUAUUGCGAAAAGGCGCGUUACGGUUCGCCGCCGUUUCAAAGGAUCCGCUGGACACCGAGCACGUUUUGAAAGUAAAGCUCGAGACGAUAUCGAAAGCGUUUACUUUCUUGUUCGGGGACGCGAUUGAGAUGAAUUUGAGGCGAAGUAACCACCGGUUUGAUCCGAGGAAGGCAUUUUUUCGAGAACAAGAGGACGUGUAUUUGAAAUCCGUAGCGGAGAGUUGCGAGGGGGGAGACGCGUUUGCUUGCACGAGCGGAAGGUUUUUUAGAGCGCUGGCGAUGAGGAAAGAGAGACGAGAGAAGGUGACGGAGGUGCUGAAAAGCUCCUUGGAGAAGUGCGGGGAUCAUACAAAAACGUGCUUUGCGGUUAUAUACACGGAGCGGAAAGGGGUCGUCGCGUACGCGUCCCCUAAAACAACCAUUCGCUCGCGAGGGGUUUUCGAAGGGUUCAAUGCCAACGUCGUGGGAAACCCUUCCUCGUUUGAAUCGAAACGACUACGCACGGAGGACGUGUGGUAUUUGAUGCAUCACGUGAGAACAGUAGAUAGAUAUAAGAUGAAUAAGAAGCUGCAGGAUAAUAAAGGUACGACGAGUAAUGCCACGUCGCCGCGAAAGCAAGAGAAACAUUCGCGCAAGGCGAGUUUUGGAGAGGAGAUUGUUUUAGCCGGAGGAGGUAUCGUCGUUAAACCACCACCACCGCCACCGAUGCCUUCGAGUUCAUUUGCACCCGCACAGGUUACGUUGCUCGAGAAGUUCAAGCGUUCAUUUUGCGAAGACGCCUACGACAUGUCCAUUUGUUUACCGAGCGGCGCGGAAGGCGCAAAAUUCGUCUUGGCGAGGACGAUGAAAAUUCGUUUGAACGAAGACGAGCUCGUCGGUAAAGAGGUCGAGUACGACGACUCUAGAGUAAAAGAGAAUCUAGACGAUGAAACCAUGUACAUUUCAAUCGUUUCCAAAUCCGAAGAUGCCGCCGCUCGCGCCCACGAGAGCAUGGAUGAGCUCUUCGCGCGAAUGCAUUCGCAAAAUUUAUUGCGCGACAUAUUUUUAGCGACACACGAACGCGAGAAUGAUAUUGUCAAUAGCAUUGCACCGGCGCUGGUAAAUGCCAUCGCGUAUGCCCCUUCGUUAUCGGACGAUGACGAAGAAGAACGCGAAUUGGAUAUCGCCCUCACGGAAACGGCGAAAAGCGCAAUCGCCAAGCUCGAACAUUUCGUAUACGCGAAACCAGAGCUCGGGCAAUACCAAAUAGCGGAUUUUGAAGAGGAAGAGAAAAAAAAGAGCGACGGCGGAGAAAAGCGUAAACGCAUACUCCAGAAAUACGCGCGCAUGCACGCCGCGGCGCACUACGAAGAUGCAAACAGAAAGUUUCACGACGAUAUGUUGGAAGAUAUCGAGAAGAGCAAAGCGAGCGAUGAAAUGUUAGAAUCCAUAGGCAGCGACGGUGGCGUCGGUUCCUCCUCCUCGCUCUCGCCGCAGUCCUCCUCGGAGUUUCGAGGAGGAGGAUUUUUCAAUUUUGGCGGUUUGACUUUAAACGAUGGUGGUGGUACUGCAACGACCGAAAGUAACGACAACAAUCGUCUCUCUCAAAUGGCUUCUCGCAUACUCUCGGGGCUCGGUCGAAGCGCCAGCGGGACCAGCGACACCAGCGACGAUAUCAAUACAUCAGCAAACGAGAAGCGCAAAACUUCUUCUUCUUCUGAACAAGAAGAAGGAGAAGAUGAACAAAACCAAGACGGCGAUGGCGAUUCUAGGACCCACCGCGUUCGGUACGAAUCCGACCGAAAUGGCGUCCGCAUCGGGUGCUUUGGUCGAGACUUUGAACUCUUCUGUCAGUUCAAACCGAACACGUCUUGCGAAGACGCCGUCGCGACGACCAACCGUCUCUCCUCGCAUCUCAAAGCGCGCGAAAGCGACAUGUGGCUUUGA